ACUGUCAACGGUCAAAUUUGAAUUUGUAUUGAAAACCCAAGAGAGAAGAAAAGAGAUCAUUUUCCCGACCGAACGCCCUCGUUCUCGCUGUGCUUCGCUUCCGACCAAACCCUGCGAGAAGCCGAGAAUCUUCUUCUGCUUCGAUCUUUUUCUCUUCUUUAUUUGUUUCUUUCCUUCCCUCUCAAGUCUUCAUAUCUAGGGUUUCCUGUUCUCUCUCUCUUUUUCUCUGCUAGAAGCCCUAGAGUUUGAAUUUCAAAUAACCGACGGCUUUUAAGGACUUCGAAGUUCGAUCUGUUGAAGAGACCGGAGAAACGUUACAGUGUUUUAGGGGUUUUUUAAGAUCGGAAAAUGGAUGUUCCUCAAGAAGUUGAUGUUUUCAUCAAAGAAUCAAUAGACUACUCGCUUGGUCUUCCUGUGUCAGAGAAGACUUUGGAACUGAAGCUUCAAGCGUCCGAAAAUGCAAUGAAACGACUCCAGGAUCAGUACUUUUAUCUGCAUAGCCAAUUAAAGUUGAAAGACGAAAUACUUGAGAGUGCUAGGGCUGAAGCAAGUAUGAAUGCCCAAGCUUUGAAGAAGUUUGUUGAGGAGAAUCAGAAGUUGGCAGUGGAGUGUGCUAACCUCAUGAGUCAGUGUUCGAGAUGGGAGAAAGAGUGCUCGUUGUAUGAUCGUGACAGAGAGGCUUUGAUGGAAUUUGGGAACGAAGCGGAUGAACGGGCAAAGGAGGCUGAGAUUCGUGUCAUUGAAUUGGAGGAGGAACUGAGAAACCUUGCAGAGGAAAUGGAUUUUUAUAAACAUGAGUGUAAAAUGCGAAGGGAUAGUGAAACAAUGCUAACUGAAGAGUUGGAACUUCUGAGGGAGAGGGUAAAUGAACUUGAGCUUGCUAGCCAAUGUUCUUCAUCAAAGACAGAGAGUCAAAUGGCAAGGUCACAUAUAUCAGCUUCAAUGCCUGCUGAUAAUGGAGUCAAUACAAUCUCGGAAAGGCAUUUGCUUGAUUCUUUGGUGGCCUCGUUGAUUGACAAUGAUAAUACUGUAGCAAAUGCACAUACUUUUCUAGAGGCAAAUAGUGAAGUUGAAUCCUGCCAGACAUUGCUAAAGAUUUGGGAAUGUCUGAGACCAUCAACCAAGAAUGUUGUAUCAUUGGCUGCUGAGGUCAGUGCACUGAAGACAGACAAGGAACAUCUAAGAAUCAACCUACACAGAGCUGAAGAAGAGGUGAGAGUUUUGUUUGAAGAAAAUAACAUCUUGGAUGAGGAGAACAAGAAAUUAUUGAGGCAGUGUAACAGAGAAAGGAACCGUCAUGGAUCUGGUGGCAAACAUACAAACAGUGCUUCUGCCAAGGGAAACAAGCGAAAAUCUAGUCCCAGGAUGACUAGUUCCUUUGAGGGGAUGCUGGAUUUUAGCGGUCCUGAUUCCCCAAGACCUCCUUUCUCACCUUUGCAUAAUAAUUCUCCUGAUUCAAGAAUGCAUAAGAAAUAAAUGAGAAAUUUUGAUGUGUAUUCUUUUGAACAAUUAUCUCCUCCUUUGUACAGAAGAAAACG